AUGAGUGGCCUGUUCCCAGACACAGGGCUGGGGACCGGUGCUUCACGCGAUAUGGCAGAGGCUGGCACCUGGUUGGAAGGUUUUGGGAACACAUCGGCAUCAGUCGAUCUGCAGCGGGUCUUGACGCAGCGAAACUUAAACCUCCUGCGGGAGAGGAUGAUCCGGGCGCACGGGGCGCGCUGCGAGACCUUGGCUGUGCACACUCCGAAGGAGAUGUUCAAAGUCACCGCUAACGAGAGUCAGGUGCUUGGAACUGGCUUGUCGGAGAAGCGCAGUCUCCAGAACACCCUGCCAAGCAAGGAGCAGCAGGCUGUGAAGAAGGCCUUCGAGGAAGCUUUCGUGCGGACCCCAGACGCCGUCAGCCAGUUUGCGGAGGGUAGCGGCGAAGGCCUCACAAGUGAGGCAUUCAUCGAGGCAAUCAAAUCCUCCAAGAACUUCGGGUUGCAAAGUGCGAAGAAGCCCAAGCCGAAGGCGGUCCCGAAGCCUUUGCUGGGCGGUGCCGCAGCUCGCGAAGCAGCCAGGAAGGCUGCCUACGAGAAAGGCCUUGAGAAGGUAGAGCCAACUGCUGUUCGCGCAGACUUGAGAACUGAACCUGACAUCAUCGCAAUCCUCAAGGCGCUGGCGCAGCUUCACGAAGCAACACAGAAAGCAGGUGACGUGGAAAUGGAAGCUGCCAGAAGUCGACAGCCUGCCACAGCAAAUGGCAAGCUCCCAUGUGCGCGCGCAAUUCCUGAAGUCGACGGGUCUGGCAUGUUUGGUAUGCCGAGGUUUGCGGGUCCGUCCCAGCAGCACACCUGGCGUUGGACUGUUGGAGCAACAGCUCUGGCGUUGGCGAGAUUUGCCCCGUGCCAUGCGAGCUUACUCACGGUGAUCUCGGGGCCCUGCGAGACAUACAACCUCGUAAAGCGCGAUAGCGGGCCUAUCGAUUAUGGUUAUGGCUAUACCUAUGGCUAUGGCGGCUACGGAGGGAACUCCUCCUACGGGACCUACGGCUAUGGCUAUGGCCCGUUCCUCUACGGCUCGUAUGGCUCCUACACGUAUGGUUACAGCGGCGAUGCCUCGGCAGAAUGUGGAGGCGGUCUCUGUUGCGUCUGGCGUAGUACGAGGGACCUUUCUCCCAGCACCUACGGAGAGAAUGAGGAAUGUAUCAUCAGUGUGGCCAGCGACAACAGCAAGUUUAUCAAAAUGAUGGAUUUUGAAGCAGAUGUUGGUGACGUUCUCAUUGUCAACGGCGUGAAUUACAGUGGCUACGAUGGUCCGUCAGGGGUGAUCCCAACAGGUGACAUCGUUUGGUCAACAGAUGGAGCGGCAGGUCCUCAUAUGCGAGCAUUCGCUUUCUGCCUCGAUGGGCAGGCAGCCCCCGUCCCUGAGGCCAACUCGACGUUUGCUUGGAAGGUCCUCAGUGGGAGGUGCACAGUCGAUGCAGAUGGCUGCAUAAUUAGUCCGAACUUCCCUGAUAACUAUGACCGGCACGGGUGUACAAUCAGCGUGGACGGGAACAACUCAAAGUAUGUCAGUGUGUCGAAGUUUGUGACAGAGGAUGGUUAUGACUAUUUGGAGAUCAAUGGCCGAGUGUACAGCGGCACUUACACAUCCGCAGAUCUCCUGGACCCGCCGCAAGGUCUCAUCAAAUGGUCUCCUGAUACGUGGACUGACGAGGUUGGGUGGAGGCUCUGCCUCACGGAUGAGGUCAGCAACCAGACAACCUGGCGGAGUCAGAACUUUCCGGACCAGCAGGCCCGAGCCUUUGCCUCGGCCGUGUGGGAUGCCGAGAAGCAGCUCUUGCUGGUCUAUGGAGGAAUAGACCCUUCUGUGAAGCUUGCUUCCGUGGUGGUUGCCCAUGCUGUGCCCAUACAGGAUCCCAUUCUCGUCAAGUACGACUGGAAGGCGAAUCUGUGGACACCUUUGGAAUGCAGAGGAUGCCAGGCCAGAAGAGAUCACACUGCGGUCUGGGAUCCUCUGUCACGCGUGAUGCUGGUAUUCGGGGGCAGGGGCGGGGCGCACUGGAACCAAGUCGAAGCAUCGUUGCGCAGCGAGCUGUUCAUCUAUGAUUUAGAGACAGACACCCUCACUGACCCCAACCCCGUGCAGCCGGAUGGCCUGGCGCGACGCCUUCACACCGCCGUGUGGGACACCCAGACGCGGACCAUGUUGGUUUUUGGAGGGGAAGUCGCCGGCGCCGCGACACACACACGGGUUGCGUCCAACCAUCUCCUGAAGUAUGACAUCCAGUUCAAUUCUUGGACGAACAUGACUCAAGGGGGCGCAGCACCUGCUGCGCGCUAUCGACACGUUGCAGUGUUGGCUUCGCCAGAUCGAUCCAUGAUUAUUUUUGGAGGGACGGCGAACAACGAGAACGACCUCUGGCGGUACGUCGUGCAGGCCGAAAAGUGGGAGGAGUUGCUUCCACCCAGCCCCAUGAACCCGUUCCCCACAAGUUACCAGGGUGCGGGGGGUGAGGGAGCGGGUUAUCGAGCGGUGUGGGAUCGUGCAGAUGGCACCAUGCUGCUUACACCCGAGAUGUGGCAGUAUGACUACCAGGCGAACGCAUUUAAACUUGAUGCAGACGGUUUAGGUGUGAUGAAGGUUCGGCGAGCACGCCAUGUUGCAGCUUGGAUUCCGGACGAACGUGAGGUGCUCAUGUUCUCUGGAGAGGCGCUUGACUACGAAGAUUUCGUGAUUCGGGAUAUCCUGACAUACACCAAGCGCUCACAUGCCUGCCAACCGGGGAGCUGCGAAUGCUUACGAGGAUUCCAGAUCAGCAACGCUUCUGAGAGCUGUGAACCAUGCCCUCCGGGGCGCUACAAGGACUCGGUUGGCUCUGCGCCAUGUGUGGCUUGUCCGGCGGGGAGCACGAACUUUGGUCUCGCCAAUGUGGAAUGUAUUCCUUGCCAGGCCGGGUUCACAGAUGCAGAGAACGCCUCUGGAUGCGAACCUGUGUUGGCUCAGAUUAUGAGUUUUUGGGUGUGCCCCAGAAGAAAAUCUUGCACCACGGAGAGCUUGCCUGGCUUGUCAAAAUACGGACAACAUUACAAGCUACGCUUGACUUCUACGACGUGCAAUGAUACACUGAAUGGGGGUUCAGUCAGUGGAGUAGCGAACGAGGGAAUGUCGGGGUAUGGAGAGGACGACGGAAGCCGCUUCCAGUGGGGUGAACGGCCUGCAGAUUUCGAUCCUUCUCCUUCGUUUUACAAUGUGUGCCUUUGCGCUAGCAUGUAUUGCGGGGCCACGUGGUCCUAUCCCAUCCACGUUGGCCAACUCCUCGUGGCGGGCCCGCUUGAGAGCCAGGCCAUGGAGGUGGUGACAUGCGUUCUAGGCCGUGACUGCCUGGACGUGCAGCUUCUGGGACAUGUUCUUGCCAUGUCCGACCUCGUCGUCGUGCAGCAGAGCGAGUGCGCCUCAUCGAGCUCCCUCAACGGUGAAUACGUGCAAUAUGCCACCCUGACAAGGAGCGAGAUCUUAGACGUGGACAAUCAGACAUAUCGGCUGACAGUGGAUUUUCGUUUCAUUCAGUUUCCGGUGGAAUUGGCGGACUACUAUUUGUGCUGGUGUGCAGCUACCUUCGAGGGUGCAUGUCAGGAUCCACAGGAGUGGGUGCAGGCUGGACGCAUGAGGCUGGAGGGACCCUUUGAGCCGCAGCAGGUCCAAUGCGUCGUGGGCCAGGAGUGCCACUUCCCGAUCAUCCAAGGCCAGGACAUCCGGGCAGGAGAUCGGCUCAUGGUCCUCGAGGCGUGCGGCGCAGGUGACCCUUUGCCCGGUUUCCCCGGCGACGGCAUCCUCGAAACGCUCGGCACGGAAGAAGGUUCGCUUGCUGGACAGUGGUUCAACUUCAUCGCGGACGAGCUCGUUGAGGUGAGGGGUCGACCGGGCAUUUAUCGUCUUUGCUUCUGCCGCCCCGUCCCCGUCCCCGAAGUGGACAACUGCACUGUAGCAGCGCAUUUCACUCAGGGCAUUGGCUUUAUGGUGUUGGCUGGGCCUCUGGAGAAAGUCACGACUUGCCCGCUGGGCUCGGAUUGCACUGUGAACUUGUUGGGCUCCAACUUGGCGAUCGGUGAUCAAGUGUUGGUGGUCGCAGGUAGCUGUGGCGUCGGGCCUGCUUCGCCAGAGUCCAUAGCCACUCUGGGGUUCCCGAGCUGGACAUCAGUGGUCAGCGUCACGAAAAACGGAGCACAGUUCCAGGCUGCUUUGGGUGUGACACCGUGGGAUGGCACACCCGGCACGUACAGCCUGUGUUGGUGUGCCGCCAGUGCAGACUGUUCUUCCCCAGAAGCUUUCGUGCUGGCCGGACAGUUGCAGAUCACUUGCCCGCCCGGUCGCUACACCAUUGGGCAAUCAACCGGUCGGAGGUGUCGAGCAUGCACCAGAGGCUACCAUUGUGCUGGUGGACUGGUCGACGUCGCCGUGCGUCUUCCCUGUCCUGUACAUCACACCACAAAGUCAAGUGGUGCAGUGACAAAGGCGGCCUGCGAGUGUGCAAGCGGGUAUCGUCGCUCUGAUGACUUGCGGCAGUGUGUGAGCUGCGAAGUUGGCUUCUACAAACUGGACGUGGGCAAUGCUGACACAUGCACGCCUUGUCCGGAAGGCUUGACGACCUACAUGCAGGGCUCCAUAUCGAACGCAUCUUGCAUUGAACGAUCUCAGCCUGUCGGCGACAAUGUCACGAUGGCCCCGACUGAGGAGGGCGUGAGUAAUGAGUCCACCGUGCCAGCUGUGGUGUUGAGCAUCGAGCUCGCGGACUUCCUUGGCGAGGUGCAGGACAACGAGUCGCUGUCCGAACUCCAAGCGCUGCUCCUUGAUGCCAUCUCGGGUACUCUUGGAGGUGGUCAAGAGGCGCUGUCCUUGGAAUUCCUGCCGAUUCAGCGGCGCCUGGCGACCGGCAACACCGACAACAUGCGACUGGCUGUCACCAUCAAGUAUCGCAGCAUGGACGAGGCCAAGUUGACGCUGCAAGACUUGGAUGUAGCCGCGGUUGCAGAUGGCAUCGCUGAGUCCAUCGAGGAGCAUCCGAUCUUUUCCUCAAUGACGCCUUUGCUGUCUGCGCCGGUGCUUUCGGAGGCGACGGUACGCUGUUCGAGGUACCGCUCAGUUCCUCCAGGCGUGCCAGUCGUCAGCAGCGAAGACUGUCAGUGCAGUCCUGGCUACGGAUUCGACUCAGCAGCUGGCAGCUGCGAAGCGUGCGCAGAAGGGGAGUACAAGGCGACAGUUGGCGAUGUACUAUGCACGAAGUGCCCACAGUGGAUGUCCACUGCAAAUGCCGGGGCGACCACGAAGAGUUCCUGUCAGUGCCAGGCCGGUCGUUACGAGAGCGAGGAAUCAUGCCUCGAAUGCCCACGCAACCACUUCUGCCCAGGCGGGAGAGCGAAGCUACAGUGCCCCUCAAACUCCGCCACAAUCACUGACAACGUGGGAGGCAGCAGCAUAACAGACUGCAUCUGCAUGCCAGGGUACUCUGGAGGACGAGCUGUCGAUGGGCCGCAUUGCAUCGCCUGCGGGCGUGGAUUCUUCAAGCCCAACAUCGGCAACGAGGACUGCAACCAGAGAUGUCCGGCAAAUGCAGACAGCAAGCCUGGUGCUGUGAACCGGAGCAACUGCUUCUGCACUGCUGGCAGCCAUGCCUCGCUGGCAGCGAACAAUGGAUCAGAGCAGUUGGAAGUUUGCGCCAGCUGCACCUACCGUGGUCUGACAUGCUUCGGAGGCUUCGACAGCAGUGGGGCACAUAAUCAGCCUGUGGCAGAGCAGGGCUUCUUCCAGACGGGGCAGAUUCUGGCGGCGAAGUGCGAGGUGAACCUGGUGGACGGCACCUCUGUCUGCCUCGGAGGAAACGUAUGCGCACGAGGUUCAUCCGGCUUCCUGUGUGGCGAAUGCCCAGCCUCCUAUGCACGCGAUACAUAUCCAGGUGCUUGCUCAGAAUGCAGCUUCGCAGCUAGCUGGAUGGGGUUCGUGGUUUUCACCGACAUCGCCCAAAACGUUCUGGUCAACUUCGCCGUUGCAUCAUUGGCGGCCAUGGCCGCGGUGAAGGACAGCCGCAGUCUGCAUACGAGCAUGAUUCGAAUUGGUACCCAGUUCAUGACAGCAUGCUCUGUGCUCGAACACUUCGAGAUCGAGCAGUUGCAAGUCUUCGAUUGGUCAGUAGAAAGGAAGAUCACUGAGUGCGCUCAGACGGGCGACCCGUGCGACGAUCUGAGGAGCAUGAACUUCCCAUGGCCACCCGAGGUCACCGAGUGGUUCCGGCAGGUCCUUGGCCUGCUUGACGUGGCAUCCAGGCUAAGUGCUGUGAGCUUCACACUGUCCUGCUGGGCCGAACACAUCUGGGAUUCGAAGCAGGCGAAGCAGCUGGUGCCGGCUAUUUACUUCGUUCUCCUACCGCUGCUCUCGAUUCUGAGCACCUACCUGCUGUGCGCCCUUGUCACGUAUCUCCUCGUCCCGCUACUGCGCAAGGCCGGCAUCGAGAUCACUGAGGCGGCCAAGAAGCGCAAGCAACGAAAGGCAGCUCUCGAAGUGCUGGGAGACGUUCUCAGCCCGCGCUUGGGGGACCUGAACCUGACUUUCAAAGAUUUGAAGGACUCUGCUGUGCUUGAGGACCUCGCCUUGCCUGACAUUUAUUUGGGGAUCGACGUCCCAGAGGACUUGCUGGAAGGCCUUCGCCUCGGCCCGGCUUGGGUCAAGAAGGGCCUGGAAGGUGCAAAGGAGAGUCCGGAGCUGCUUGCUCUCGCUACGGAAGUGGAUCUUUCUGCCUGCGCAGAGAAUGUGACUCUGUUGGAUCUCUUGUCCACGGACAUAGAUGCGAGCAGUUUGUGUAGCUUCGCGGCAGCCCCUUCCAAGCUGGACAUGAGCCUGAUGGACCUUUUGGUUCGCAGGGCGCUCGCGUACUCUCUCAUCAAGGAGGCAGACCUCCCACAAGAUGACAAAGCGCUUCCUCCGGAGAAGCUGGCUCUGGCGGUUUCGUCGAAGUUUUCCUCUACCGCUGAGAUGAGAAUGGCUUCUGCAAGCGGGGACUUUGGUUUUGUGCUGGCAGAUGAAGCAGCACAGCUCAGGGCCGAACCCGCGAAGAUCAUCCCGGCCAGGACGGAGACCGGGCUGGCCACUGGGGAAGUGGACCUGGACACUUUGGAUUUCGGCCUAUUCACGCGAUGGCCUGGCCCCUUCCAGCUGUUGCACCAGUCCGUGCCGGUGAUAUGGGUGACCUUGAUCAACAUGUGGCCUGGAUUUCUGUCGCAGUACCUCCAGAUGAUUUGGUGCCAGCCAUUUCAGGAGGAGGACGGAGUAGUCCACCGCCUCCUGCCAUACCCAGACGUGGAGUGCUGGAGCAGUAAUCACAUGCCGCUUGCCACCAUUGCCAUCAUUGGCUUAGGCUGCUGGUGCAUUGGCAUGCCCAUGCUGCUCAUCCGUGUGAUUUGGAACCUCACGGACAGGAACAGCCCCGAGAAUCAGCGAAGGUUUGGAUACUUCAUCAACGGCUUUGAGCCCCGGUACUGGUGGUACGAUCUUGUGAUCCGGAGGUUGGACAUCGCCGCCAUGAUGCUUGUCACCUACACAUCUCUAACCAACGAUGAAAGAGCAAAGCUGCUGUCAUACCCAGUGAUUUCGGGUGCGCAGAUGGCUUAUUGCUCAUGGAUCCAACCAUUCCAGAAUAGCCAGGCCCAGAUCCUAGACUUCUUUGAGAUCGGCCUUGCCAUCUUUCGCUUUCUCCUCUUCAGCACCGUUGCCAUCAUUCUGAUACUUGCUCCAUCUCGCGAAGCGACAUGGGUCUUGGCAGGUUCUCUUGCUAUGCUCUUCACCCUCAUAUGCCUCUAUAUGGCCUUGCACAUCCUGGCACAAUUCCUGCGCGACACCUUGCACAAACUGGACGAAGCCGAGGAGGACGAGAAGAAAAUGACCAGCAAGAGUUCCCGAGGGGGUGCCAUGAAGUUCUUAACAGGCUUGGUUGCCAGGGUGAAGCGCUUCGCGGUGCGUACUGCCGCACCACUCUUCCAGGAGCGGGCCGAUGAGCAUUAUUGGCUGGAGUGGUGCUUUCAUUCCAGCAGCAUCACUUUCGAGUCGGAAGUGCCUACGGCGAAGACGGAGGUGUCCCUCCUCACCAAAGCCCGCCGUGUUUUGCUGCGCUUCGGGCGCUUCUACCAGUACCGGUCCACGGGCAAGGCCCUCGAUGACUUCGCGUCGCUGUGGCUGGGCAUUCUGAGGCAGUCCGUCCUGCCGAAAGAUACCAUGGAGGUCCUGUGUGUGCUCACAUCAGCGCACAAGUCGGUGCCGUUCAAAACCCCAAAGUCCGACGUGCCCUGGCUUUGGAAGAGUCGGAUGGAGAGCCUGCAGGCUGCCGGGGGUGAAGCCAAGUUCCGCUUCACACCUGAUGAGAUGAUUACUGCGAUACAGCGCCUUGGGUCUCUUCGUGCUGUAGAGGCCGUAGAGUUGGUCCACUUGGCGACUCUCCAGAAGAGCCCAGUUCCUGAAGAUGAGCCAGCAGGUGACAUACCGGCAAUCUCGAACUGCGCUCACCUGUCGGACUUGACGGAGGACGAGCACGCCAUCCACAUAUGA